CUAUGUUAACUUGUUCACUCUGCUAAAAGUUUCUCUCAAGUCUAAACUUUCUGUUUUCUCAAUGAAUUCAAACUUAGAAAAUGUUUCUCUCCUGUUAAUUGUAGUGUUCUGUAACUCAGGAACCAAAUCCACGUCUGAUCACUGUGGACGCUACUGCAGAGUCUAUAUGGAAUGUGAGGAAUUCCAUGGAAGUUGAACAGUCUAUUGACUCAGGUGAAGUGAUAUCUGGAAUGAUGGCACCACAUGAUUAUUCCAUGAAUCAUCAUCAUCACCAUCACCAUCUGCUGCAUAAUGAGGCAAUUAUGCAGGCUGCUUCCCCCGGAACUGUGCCUCAACUCCACUCUAUUGUGACUGAUACUAGGUAUGAGAUAAGGACUAUUUCAAUGGAAUCAGAAAUUGUGCCUUAUGAUUUUUUUGCGGCUGAACAAACUAAUCAAGAGAACGGCUCAGGAAAUAUGAUCUCAAAUCCUCCGAAUUUGCCUGAUUUAAAUGCUGAGGAGGGCAACCAAACAUAUCAAGAGAACAUCUCGGGGAGUGUUAGUGCUGCACAAGCUCAAAAUGUGCCUAAUGUUGGCGAUGAGGGGGCAAAUCAAAUUUCUCAAGUGAACGCCUCGUUGGAUAUUAAUUUACGUCCUCCAAACGCGUCUAAUAUGAUUGAUGCAGACCUUAAUAUGAUCCCUGAAGAUUAUUAUCUGGUUCCUCUUUUUGAGAAGCUGUUGAGUGAUACUGAUACUGAUCCCAAGUUAGCACACCUGGUGCUGCCUAAGCGUAGCGCUGAGACCUACUUUCCAGCUGUGGCUGAUGGCCAAGGAUAUGCCAUAAAUAUCCAGGAUAUGGAAGGCAACGACUGGCAGUUUCACUACCGUUUUUGGCUGAAUAAUCACAACAAGAUGUAUAUACUGGAAGGAAUGAAGCAGUACAUGUCCUCGGUGAAUUGGCAAGCUGGUGACUCAGUGGCAUUUUACCGGAAGGAACCUCAAGGAACUUUGGUCAUUGAAACUAAGACGGGUGCAUAUGGUGCGUCUGGUGCAUCCGGUGCACCUGCUUCUGCCAACUCUUAAGGAUCAUGUCCUCUGAUGCGGUGAAGGGUGGUUGGGCACAAUUGCUAUGUGGUGACAGAAACUAGUGUUUUACAUUUCAUGGACUGCUGUUUUCCUUUUUUUAGUUAUUGAACCUAUGGCGUUCGCAAAGUACUACAAACUUAAGUUUAUUUUCUGAAAACUUCAUUGAAGACCAUUUAAUUUUCUUGCUCCUUGAACUGAAAGACAGAACAUGUUUGUGACAAUUUGUUUGAACUUUUAUUUAUGUGCA